AUGGCCGAAGCGACAGCGCCGCGGACAGAUGUUGAGAAGAUCACCGCCGCCCCUACAGCGGCCUCUGAGCUGCAGGGCGAGACGUUCCUCAAGGGUGUCCCAGAAGAACAAGGUGAUGAGUACGCCAACUCUGGCGGCGAAGCACCCAAGGGCCAGCUUCGUCGAUCCUUCAAGACUCGACAUGUGCAGAUGAUUGCACUUGGUGCCAACAUCGGCUCUGGUAUCUAUGUUUCGAGUGGCAAGGCCUUACGUUAUGGCUCUGCCCCGGGAAUGUUGAUUGGAUAUGGGUUGAUUUGCACGAUGGCGAUGUUCAUGAUGAACUUGCUUUCUGAAGCCCAGUGUCUCUUUCCAACUAGUGGAUCCUUUAUUGAUCACGCUACACGUUUUGUCGACCCUGCUCUGGGUUUUGCCCUGGGCUUCUGCGAGUGGUUUGGUGCUCUCACUGUCGUCGCCGCUGAAGGAGCUAUCUUCCCUGUCAUCGCUUCAUACUGGACCAGUGCUGUACCCGAUGCAGCAUGGUACACCAUUUACCUCGUCAUCGUCCUUGGUCAGCAUCUUCUGCCAAACAGAGUCUUCGCCGAGUUUGAGUUCUUCACUGGUGCACUGAAGGUCUCUGUAACAUUCAUUGUUCUCUUCGUCAUGUUGAUCAUUUGCUGCGGCUUCGGCGGAGACGCGAUCGACCGAGGCUACAAUUAUGAGAAUCUCUCGGCGUUCCCUAAUGGCUUCAAGGGUAUUGCUAUUGUCUUCCUGCUUGCAGCAUGGGCAACUGGUGGUCAAGAGAUCAUUGGUAUUACAUCUGGAGAGUCAUCCUUCCCGCGCUGGGAGCUUCCCCGCGCUUGCAAGAAUCUCUUCAUUCGAAUUAUCCUUAUCUACAUCUCGGCGUGUGUGUACAUCACAGUCCUAGUUCCAUACACCGACCCUAUGCUUCUGGACAGCUCUAGUCAGAUCGCUAGAUCUCCGUUCGUGAUUGCGAUGAAGAAGGUCGGCAUCAAUGUCUUGCCCGAUAUUGUCAAUGUUGUUCUCUUGGUUGGCUUGACAGGUAUCGGCUCGGAGUCGAUGUUUAUCGCAUCGCGUAUUCAAACUGCCAUGUCUCGUAUGGGCAUGUUUCCUGCGAUCUUCGGAAAGGUGGACUCUCGUGGUAGACCGAUUUACUCGAAUAUCUGCUGCGCACUUAUCAGCAUUAUCAUGACAUACAUCAACACCUCGACGGGCGGCGCUACAGCCUUCACGUGGUUCAGCUCCGUGUCCGCGACGACGACAUUCUUCGCUUGGCUGACAAUUCCCAUCACAAACUGGUGCAUGCACCGUGCACUUGAGGCUCAACAGGACCCAGCACUGCAGCUGAAGCAUGCAUUCCGUGUGCGUUGGUAUCCAUUUGCGCCGCUGUUCUUGUUCUGCACCACUCUUUUCACCCUGGCUUGCACCAUCUACACCUCCGCCAGCCCCAUCGACAGUGGCCCGAGUGCCGAGGUGUUCUUCCAAACCAUGCUGUGCAUGCCACUGUUCUUCACUGCCUUCGCCACAUACAAGAUCUGGUUCAGGACGAAGAUUCAAGAUCCUGCCACUGCAGAUCUGAGAAGCGGUCGUAGAUAUUUGACAGAGGAGGAGCUGGAUAGGCUUGAUGCCUACUAUGCCAUGCCGUUGUGGAGGAGGUUCUUGACCUAUGUCACCUUCUAA